UUUGCCGCCGCGUCGCGUCGUCUAAUUCGGUCGGAUACAUCUUGCGAAAUGGUUACAGUGAUUUCAGUUUCAUCCGACAUGUCACUAAGUUUUCUGAGCAACUGUUUAACAAUGGAAUUAUAAAAAAUGUUAUUGUUAGAGAAAUUGACAAUGACUAAUUUUAUGUGUUUGUAUGAGUGACGCCAUGAUACCAACCUGUAUAAGAGCCCCGAGGUCCAUCCAGGGCUCUACCGAUGAUGUCACGCGUCAGACCAGGUCUAUUGUGCAGAUCUACACCGACUGGGCGAACCAUUACUUGGAGCGAGCACGUUCGCGGCGUCGCGCGGGGACCUCUGGUGGUGGGCUGGCGCGGGACUGUGCUGACGGUCUGUUACUGGCAGACGUGCUGGAAGGCGUCACCGGACAGAAAGUGCCGCGCGCGCAUCGCAAGCCGCGCAACCCACAGCAAAUGUUGGAAAACGUGCAGUGCUGUUUGGAUUUCCUCCACGCGCAAAAAGUCCAGGGGUUAGAACAAGUAACAGCUGUUGAUAUUCGGGACGCGAAAUUAAAAGCUGUACUUGCCCUAUUUUUUGCAUUGAGCCGCCACAAACAAGCAUCGAAACAACGAAUAACGCCAUCUAGUGGCAAUGCAACGGCGAUUGGAAAGAAUACAGGCGACGAUGUUCCGAUAAGUUCUGUACAGAGGAUAACAGGUGGCAGCAGCUGCGAUGAAAUUUUAACCGCCUGCGGAAAUAACGUCGAGAUGACGACAUUAACAGCUAACAGGCAGGUGUCGGUGCUACAGACGUCGAUCCCGCUGCCCGCGUCUGCAGCGGCUGCGCGCCGUGCUCCGCCAGACAAGCGGCCUCUGCCGGCCACACCGGGAUAUGCGGGUAAAAGUGGUCUAUCAGCAAGUUCCAGUCGCUCCACCAGCCCGCUUGGGCAAGGAGCUGUCAGCUUUAUACCACGUGCGCCUGGUUCAUCAUCGGGAUCACGGCCUAAUUCGUCGUUAUUAGCUCCUGGUAGUAAAAUUCCAUCACAAUUUUCUCAGACGCAACAUAAUACCCAGACAGCUCACAAUGGAACGCCAACAAAACAGUCCAUGUUAGAUAAAUUAAAGUUAUUUAAUAAAGAUAAAGUAGCGAGUGAGAAACAAAGUAGUAAAAGUACCGCAGUGUCAAAACGCACAAGUUCCUCGAGCGGAUUUUCUUCCGCUAAAAGUGAAAGAUCAGAUUCUAGUUUAAGUCUCAACGAGUCUUCUAAUACUGCCAAUACACAUAUCAAAUCAUCUAAUUUAAUAGGACCUAAGACUAUAAGACAACAAAACGAUACAUUAUCAAAAGACAAAUCAGGCAAGAAUGUGAAAUCAAAACUUGUUAAUUCUAAAAGCACAAAAGAAGCUUCCUCUAGUAUAAAUAAAAGUAGUGUUAGAAGUAGCAGUAAUGACAAAACUAGCAAUAGUCCGAAGUUGCCAGCACGAGACAAAGAAUCAAAAAUAGCGGCACCAAAAUCUGUCAGUAAUACAAAAUUAAACGUGAUCGAGGAUCAAAGCAGAAGUCCCAAAUCUAAAAUAGAUUCGAAAAUGGUUAAACUGUCAGGAAGUCAAAUGAAACUUGCUGAAUCACGGUCAGAUAAUACUGCAGAAGGUAAAUCCCAUGAUAAUAUAAAUGUUCAAUCUAAAAAUUUGGCUAAUCAGUCUCACUCACCGACUGGUCAGAAUCCUUCAGGCCCAAAUCAUACAGGUAUUCCUAAACCAACGGCUGCUGUUAAAGGAACUACUAAAAUAUCAAAAGAAGAUAGACAUAUCAUUCAUAAAAGCACUAAUAGUCAGUUAAGUCCGAUCCAGAGUAAUUCUAGUUUAAAUUCUACUAAUAAUGUUAGCAUUCAUCCAUUUUCAAGAGAACAAUCUAAUUUAAGUAAGGAAAUAACGCAAAAGCAAACUUUAGCCGUUUCUCCGAUGCCAGUGGUAAAUGUGGGAACGCAAAAUUCUUCGUCACAAAUGUCCGAAAGCUCACAUUCAAAUUCUACACAUAGCACUACUGGCCAACAGUCCAAUUCAAGCGAUGGCAGUGUAAUCUAUCGUCCAUCCAGUGAAUCUGGAUCUGAAAUGUCGAGAACAAAUAAUAUAACACCUAAUAAGAGAAUGGACAUGAAUGCUACUUACAUUAACAAUGUGAUAAAUGAAGCUGAGAUCUCGGAAAAAGAAGCUGCACAAAAACGUCAUGAUAAUUCAGGUCACAAACAAUUUUUUGAUCAUAGUAAAGCAUUGACUGAAUUUAGCAAAAAACAAGAGACUGACAGUAGAUCAAGUACUCCAUCACAUUGCCGUGACAAUUCACUGGGCGAAGACGAAAAUCCUUUGAUGAACGUAUUGCCUAUGAGGCCGUUACUCCGAGGAUAUAAUAGUCACUUAACGCUUCCAAUGCGUACUUCUGGUUUAGCACAGAAGAACAUACCUGGGUACCCCCAUCACGCGAAUACAGUAAAAGCAAAUUUUGGACGAGACAAUAUGGGCUUGCGUGAACGUAUGAACUACGGUCCUGCAUUUUCUAAUCCUGAUUAUUGUGAUCUUGAUAUCGCCUCUGGGUAUAUGUCAGAUGGCGAUUGUUUGAGAAGAAUAAACGUGAACGAAAUGGAUUGUGGGAGGAACAAUGACAUUAUGGAUGGAUACAUGUCUGAAGGCGGCGCAUCGCUGUACGGUCGCAGAAUCAAUUAUCAGCAAGCUCCGCAGUUUCAACAACUUGAUGACAGACGCAACGGUCGUAACCGAGGCAUGGAGGGCAGUGGCGUGGUGUACCGGGUGGUGGGACGUGCACGUAGUAAGGCCGACUGCGGCCAGCAGACCGAACGUCCGCCGAGACAGGAUACCACGUGGAAGAAGUACACCGACUCGCCAGGAGUCGGCACACCACCUAUGAACCAGCCAGCACCAGCACCGCCGAGUCCAUCGCAUGGGCGGAAGAGCGACCGGCGCGCGGGACAUCACUCACCGCAGCACAAGCGAGAGAAACUCACUGCUGCACAGCAGCUUGGCAUCGCGCCUCAUCCUCAGUAUGCGGCAUCGAAUUCAUCUAGUCAACAUUCGUCGAGAGGCGGACCUCAGUUACAAUCCCCGAGCGGUGCGUCGCGACCAUCGAGCGUGUCAAGCGGAAACGGCAGCUGCUCCGGCAAGGCGAAGGUGCCGCAGAGCUUUGGCUACGUAAAGCGGCAAAAUGGCGGACAGCCUCCGCCUCCACCGCCGCCUGCCAAUGGACCUCCUCAGCAUGGACAUGGUGGGAGAACUGCUCAAGUAUCUGCUGUUCCGAGAACAAAAGUCAAAGUAUCCGGUGGGACUCAGACUUGUACUCAAGAUCUACAAAUACAUAAGAACGGCAUUGGACCUAAGUCAUAUUCAUUGGGCGGCACAGCGGCUGCGCAGCUCUCUGCGUCGGUGCGAGAGAGGCUUCUCGGCUCACAGUCUCUACCCAAGCCGGGUACUCACGAAUUCGCCGCGUUAUUUCAUCACCACAGAAUAACUCCAAGAGGAGGCAUGAAGAUUAGCGAUGGAAGCCUCUCCGACACACAGACGUACUCCGAAGUAAAAUCCGAUUAUGGAAUACCAUACGCACCAUGGCUUCGACAUAGCAACACAUACUCGGCAAGCGGCCGCCUAUCCGAGGGCGAAUCUAUGGAGUCCCUAAGUUCGCUGCACUCGGCGCAGCACAACCACACCUCAUCCCCUAACUCCCACCACCGCAGCUCACUCACACACAAUAAGCUCAUCCUGCACCGCGACGCUCAGGGCUCCCGGCUCAACCGGAGCAACAGCAUUAGAUCUACAAAGUCGGAGAAAUUGUAUCCAUCAAUGCUGCAGCGAUCUUCGGAAAGCGACUAUGAACCAUAUUACUGUUUGCCCGUGCAGUAUGGACCAGGAGGACAAGGUCUAAACUAUGGUGUGUCAGAGCCGCCGUCGCCGUCACCGCGGUCAGCGUUGAGCCCCACGCACCAGCCGGCCAAUGUAAUGCACACGCCCAGGCACUCGCAUCACUAUCCUAAGAAAAAUGAUGAAGUGCACGGAUCAACUGCGUCUCUGGUAUCGACGGCUUCUUCCCUUGCAGCUGGUGCUGGUUCCGAAGAAAGACAAGCUCAUGAGGUCCGCAAGUUACGAAGAGAACUGGCUGACGCCAAAGAAAAGGUUCACACUCUGACUACGCAGCUAACAACCAAUGCUCACGUGGUGUCUGCCUUCGAGCAAAGUCUAUCGAAUAUGACACAGCGACUGCAGCAGCUCACGGCCACAGCCGAGAGAAAGGACUCGGAGCUAACGGAGUUGCGCCAGACAAUCGAGUUGCUUCGCAAGCAGUCCAUCCAGGCUGGCCUAACUACUGCCCAUAUGCAGUCUAUGGGGAUACGUGCAGAUGGCGUUAAUGUCACGGGACAGGAGCCAUCGAGUACACAAGCGCCUCAGUCGUCGCCGCAGCGCCUGCAGACCGGUAACGGAGCAAUCACACGCCAUCUGUCGACCGAUAGCGUGUCCAGUAUAAACAGUCUGAGUAGCGGUUCUUCCAUGCCUCACGACAAGAAGCACAAGAAAAAAGGAUGGCUCCGCUCAUCAUUCACGAAGGCAUUUUCGAGGAAUGCAAAGAUAUCGAAGACUGCAAAGCAUUCUUCCUUAGGCCAGUUGUCAUCUCAGGAUAGUUCCUCCGGCUCCCAUCACUACGAUGACCCUCACACUAUUAGAGAAGGAAGUAACGAGAACAGUCUGGAACAUUCCCACGAAGCUUUGGAUGAAGCUAAAGAUAAGCCAUGCCCAGCUAAGACUGAUGAACAAGCCAAAGAUAAACCAGAUGAUGCUGGAUUAGUCGAUGAAUUGAAGAGACAACUAAGAGAGAAGGAUUUAGUUCUAACUGAUAUUAGACUUGAAGCUCUGAGUUCUGCUCACCAACUUGAAAGUCUCAAGGAUACAGUUAUUAAAAUGAGGAAUGAGAUGCUGAACUUGAAGCAGAACAACGAGCGCCUGCAGCGGCUGGUGACGUCACGCUCACUGGCCGGCAGUCAGAGUUCGCUGCCCGCUGCUGAUGACCCGCGACGCUUCAGCCUCGCAGACCAGCCUCAUCAGACAUCAAUGGACAUGCACUCACAACCGCUAGAUUUAGAUUUUACACUCACCUCGACCCCUACCAUGGAUUUCUCGAAGAAAGGCUCGCCGAAGUCGGGUAUGGUGGAACCGAUAUACGGUAACAAAGCCGUGUGCGAAUUGAACGAGAACAGCGAAGCCAUCUUAGGUGCUUUGAACGGUUCCGGCGAUAUAUUUACGAACGGGUUGAGCGCCGGCGAUAGGUUGAGUGGCGAUUACGAUAUAAAUACGGUGUUACCGCCACCGAAGACGAGGGAAUUGGCGAUUGGAGAAAGCUAUUCUGAUAUCGGUGUAGCUGACAGUCAAGGUGACACCACAGACGGCAAGAAGAUCGCAAUAGCUGUGUACUUGGGACAGCCAGAGACAUUCCAAAGAUACUUCGAGGAGGUCCAAGACACAUUGACAGAAUCCGAAUGCAGAUUCUACGCGAAACAGUCGGCGGCCGCGUUCAAUCAUUUCGAGAAACAAUCGAGUUACGACUCGCCUCGAAUGUCGCAAACUCACAGCCCGGAAACAGAGACCCAGGACUAUCCACAAACUAUUAAUAAAUCCAAUACGAACAGCCUCAAGAGUAAUAAAUCCACGCACAGUAAUUCCUACAAAAAUCUAUAUAAUAGCGACUCAACAGUAAACUGCAACGAAUUCACGAUUGCUUACACUUAUAUAUCAGGAAAAACGACGUGGCAGAACUUAGAUUAUAUAGUUAGAAAGACAUUCAAGGAUUACUUGUCCAGGAUAGAUCCUGGUACAAAUCUUGGACUGAAUACGGAUUCUAUCACAUCCUAUCAUCUAGGAGAGGCGACUAGGGGUCCAGAAAUUGGAUUCCCUGAAUUACUACCGUGCGGUUAUAUUGUUGGCACUGUUAAUACUUUAUAUAUUUGCUUACAAGGAGUAGGAAGCUUGGCUUUCGAUAGUCUUAUACCAAAAAAUAUUGUAUAUAGAUAUGUUUCUCUAUUAUCCGAGCAUCGGAGAGUGAUACUUUGCGGACCAAGCGGUACUGGCAAGUCAUACUUGGCGACGAAGCUUGCAGAGUUCUAUGUACAGCGCACACAGAGACGAGGGAAUCCCGCCGAAGCUGUGGCUACAUUUAAUGUUGACCGCAAGUCGUGCAACGAGUUGCGCGCGUAUCUGGCGAACAUCGCGGAGCAGUGCAGCGCGGCGGGCGCGGAGGAAGCUGCGCUGCCCUCUGUAGUGUUGCUCGACAACUUGCAGCACGCCUCCGCGUUAGGCGACGCCUUCGCCGGCCUUCUGCCGCCGGAUAAUCGCAAUAUGCCUGUCAUCAUAGGCACAAUGUCGCAGGCGACGUGCAACACCACCAACCUGCAGCUACAUCACAACUUCCGCUGGCUGCUCACCGCCAACCACAUGGAGCCUGUCAAAGGAUUCCUAGCACGGUAUCUCCGUCGCAAACUGUUCUCUCUGGAGCUCCGCCUGGGACGGCGCGAGCCCGCGCUGGCGGCCGUGCUGGAGUGGUUGCCGGGCGUGUGGGCGGCGCUCAACGCUUUCCUAGAGGCACACUCCUCCAGUGACGUCACAGUAGGCCCGCGGCUCUUCCUCGCCUGUCCCAUGGACUUGGAGGCCAGUCAGGCGUGGUUCGCUGACGUGUGGAACUACAGUAUCGUGCCGUACGCGUCGGAGGCGGCGCGCGAGGGCGUGGCGCUGUACGGCCGCCGCCGACACGCCGCCGUGGACCCGCUGCACCACGUCAAGUCUACAUACCCAUGGCGGGAGCCCAACCACUCACAUACACUGAGAGCUAUUACAGUUGAGGAGAUGAGUAUCGAAGAAGCAAAUCAAGAGGCGAAUAGAAAUAAUAAUCAAGAUCCAUUAUUGAAUAUGUUAAUGCGACUGCAAGAAGCAGCCAACUAUAGCGGUAACCAAAGCCAAGAUUCAGACAACGCGAGCAUGGACUCGAAUCUCACACACGACAGCUCUAUGGGCAACGAGCUUUAAUUAUUAUUGUAUAGAACCAUAACAAAUGGUAAAUGACUCUAUUGUAUUCAUAGACCCACAAAUUUAUUUGGCCCGGUGAGUGACGUUGAUAUCACGAUUAGAGAAGAAUACACUUUAGGCGAAGCAAGACGAGACUUUUUUACUACUAGGGCUACUCUAGUUUUAUUUUUCCCACCGGGCCAGAAAAGUUUGUCGCACUAUACACAUGUAUGACUGCUAAUAAGUCCGUAGUGAUAAUGUAAACUGUUUUAGUAUUGCCACCUAAAAAAAAAAAAUUAACCCCUUUUUUUCAAAUUAUUUAAAUAAGGUACUUUGUAUAAAUGUAUUAUCACUAAAAACUAUAUAAAGCCAAAUAUUUGCCAUAUGUACGAUAUUUAUAUUUAUUUUCUUUAAGAAUUAUCUAAGUUAAUAGUGUUUUAUAUAUGCCACACUCCGUUAAUGCAUAGAUGGGCACUUAUCAACAUUACUGGUCCUAGUAAUAUUACUGCGACUGUCAGCUCCUUAGUGUUGGAUUAUCAAACUAAAGCUACACUAAAGACUUCCCUUAGUGACUAUUAAAGGCUUCAAAAUCUGUCAGUUUGAGAAAAUAAAGACGUCAAAUAAAGAUCUUAGCCUCGCGUCGCGCACAAAUGUCUAAAUAGGACACAGAUUUUGUAAAUGUCUAUCUAAGUAUUACUUUACUAAUGCUUUUUUACAGCACAACACUCGAAAGGAUUUUUCUCUGCAUAUUUGUGUUCUUAAGCAAAUAUUAAGAGCAUGAGUUAGACCUUUCUUUAUCUUGAUGUGAUUUUUUUAAUUCGAUUAAAUAAAUACGAGCGUUAUUAUAGAAAUCACUACUGCAGUGCCUCGAGCGAUAUUUUCCAUUUUUAUAAUGCCGACAGUUUAUGGCUAUUAAUAUUUAUGGAUCAUCGCUUUUACUAUUGUUAUAUUUUUUCAAUAUUAGAAUAAACCGCGUUUGUAUUACUAAGACAAUGUAUGUAAAAUAUUAUUAU